AUGAAGAAGUUAUUAAGGCGGUCGAUACGAUGGAAGCAUUCGGUUCACACCCCGGACAUAUCUCAGACACCGAACUUUACCAAAUACUCACCGAUUCGGCCUAUCAAUGAAGAAUUGGCACCAUACGUACUGGAGACCAUGCGGGCGUUCCCUACUGGGUCUCGGCAUGUGAACCAACAGCAUUACUAUCACAAUCGAACUGUGUUGAUUGAGGACUAUCUGCGAAAGAAGCCGCACCCGGUGUCGCUGAUGCAAUUGGCGCAGUAUUACGACGAUUCUGCGCAGCUGACGAAACAAAAGAUUAUCAACUCGGGCAAGUUUGUUAAGGAGGAGCUGGCGAUAAGGAUGGCGCAUAAGUUGCAUUCUCUGCAGCAGUUGCCCUUCCAUGUAGUGAACAACUUCCAUUUUGUUCAGGCCUACGAGUCAUACUACAAUAUCUUCGAAAGGUUCAGGAAAUACCCGACGAUACGCACGAUAGAAGAUAACGAGAAGUUUGCCGCAUUUUUGCGGCGGAUCCUCCAAGAUUUCAAUUCGCUGAAUCUGCCCCACCUGGUCAUGGGGGCCUUGGAAUGCACCAUAUUGGAUCUGUACCCGCAGGAUAAGAUGGACGAGUUGCUGUCAAGUCUGCUGAGGGCCCGUAUAUCGAGGCGGCUGAUCGUAGAGGAGCACAUCAGUAUCACGUCCAACUAUUCAAGCGGUAAGAAGGAGAACACGCUGGUCCUCGGUGACAUUUUCCAGGAGUGUUCUGCCAAAGAGUACAUCCUGCAGGCCAGCAAGACGUGCGAAAAAUUCAUCAAGGACAUGUACUACGAGAGUAUGGCGCUCCCGGAGCUGUUUAUUGACGGCGAAGUCGAUCUAAAGUUUUACUUCCUGCCCACCCACCUCAAGUAUCUUCUGGGCGAAAUACUGAGAAACACCUACGAGGCCACCGUGAAGGACUACAUAAGGCAGGGGCUCGAUAAGCCGCAGCCGAUCUGCAUAACCAUUGUCAAGAACGAUGAGUCGUUCCUCUUCCGCAUCUCGGACAGGGCCGGCGGCAUCCCGAUCAAUGACAAGAAUAUCUGGUCGUUCGGCAAGAGCAAAGAGCGGGCGAGCGAAUCUCUCGAGAACUUUCACAGGCUGCCGGGGCUGCAGACCGUGUCUCUCUACGACCAUUUGUACCAGACGAACAACGCCAUCUCAGUCGACAAGGCGAACAGACCCUACCGACACACUUCGCUGGAGCCCAUGAGCCACACAAACCUUACAGGCGCUAAGUUCAAGUUCGAGACCCCCCUCAUCAAGCUGAUGCAGAGGUCCUAUCGCUACAAACUGGGCAUCGGCCUCGCGAUGUGCAAGGUAUACGCCGAGUACUGGAACGGCGAUCUCACACUCCACUCGCUGCCCGGCUACGGGACCGACACGGUGCUGAAACUCGGUAAUCUGAUCCACUCGGCCAAGAAGUUGCAGCUGGACAAGGUCUAA